UCAUCGCAUACGUUUCAUACGGCAACUGGUCGUCGUGCCGUUACAAUUCAUAGUAACGUAAAGAACGUGUACAUCUAUAAAUAUAUCUAGAUCGGUAGCAUCAUAAAAACGUUGAUAUCGUUAGAGAGCAAUACAUAUAUACGAUCACUCAGAAAUUCCGGCCAGUGGCGAUAUAUAUAUUUUUAUUGUUUCUCUGGACCUACCCUCUGCGCAACUUCCGCAUCGCGCAGCCUCCAUGAUCGCAGCAUCACUGGGGAUCUUCGCUCAGUAGCAAAAAUCCGUAAAGCGCAACCACAUCGGUACUCACCAAAGGGUCUCAAGGGUGGGCGUGAGAGAGAGAGAGAGGGUGUGUGAGAGAAAGAGAGCGAGAACGAGAGAGAAAGAAAGGGUGAGAUAUAGGAAGAAAGUGAGUGAAAGAGAGAGAGAUAGAUAGAUAGAUAGAUAGAUAGAUAGAGAGAGAGAGAGAGAGAGAGAGAGAGAGAGAGAGAGAGAGAGAGAGAGAAUUAGCAAGGUGCUAAGAGUUAUUCGUUUAUCGUGAAAAUCUUAAAAGGAUACUGGGUGCUCCUCGUUAUAGACAUCGAUGGCAGAUCACGAUAACAAUUACGACGACGAGGAGCUGGUAUCAACCAAUCCAAAUCAAAGAAACUGGCGUGGCAUCCUAAUCGCCUUGCUCGUCAUCAUCGCAGUGCUUGCUCUCAUUGUUACAUCAGUGGCUUUGCUCACACCUCCUGAUGAAGGUCCUCGUGUGAGAGGCACCCGUUUACGGCUAUUCGAUGUUCUAUCCGGAGAACUAACUCCCCUGCUGUUUAAUGGUACUUGGGUGAACAAUCGACAUAUAUGUUACCGCGAUGCCUGGGGUGGUAUUUCUCUACUGGACGCUUCUGAUCUCAACAUCACUUCUCACAGCUUGAUGCCUAACGAGACCUUCAGAAGAUUGAAUCCUGCUAAAUUCUCCCUGUCGCCGGAUCAUAGAUACUUACUUCUUGCACAAAAUGUUAAGAAGCUAUUUCGGUACUCAUACUUGGCACAGUAUGUCAUUUACGACGUGAAUACACGUGAAACUAUAAGAUUGUCUCCAUAUCCUGAAAGGAAUGCUCAUCCAUAUUUAUUGCUGGCACAAUGGACCCCUCAAGGUCAUGGAUUGGUAAUGAUUCACGAUUAUGAUAUCUAUUACAAACCAGGUCCCUUGAGCAAUACAGGGUAUCGUGUAACCGAUACGGCUAUACCUGGAAUUCUGUCGAAUGGUUUACCUGAUUGGCUGUACGAAGAAGAGAUUCUACGUACUGACCAGGCAUUGUGGAUGUCAAAGGAUGGACAUAUGAUGCUGUAUGCUUCGUUUAAUGAUUCCUUCGUGUCGGAAAUGCAUAUAUCUUGGUUCGGGGAAGAGAGUAAAUCCUUAUAUCCCGAUAUUCGAUCCCUGAGAUAUCCAAAGCCCGGAACGCCAAAUCCUUUGGUACAACUAUACGUUGCAGAUCUUGCCGAUCCAAAGAAUAUUCAUACGAAGGUAGUGAAACCGCCACCCGUCAUCGAGCUUGAAGAGCAUUACUUUACAACGGCAGCUUGGAUCUCAUUGACAGAAGUUUGCAUAACAUGGCUUACACGUCCACAAAAUCUUUCAGUAGUAACUGUCUGUAAAAGUCCUACGUGGCACUGUCAGGAGAUUCAACGAAUUCUCGGUGAGGGUCGCGGCUGGGUCGAUACUCCACCAGAGUCACCCUUGUUCUCUUCGAAUGGUAGCAGUUACAUAGCUAUAAUCCCAGUACGAGAUGGACCAUCCGGUUAUUACAAGCACAUAGUACGCGUAAAUGUUCUAGAAAAGCAAGUAGUACCUUUAACCCAUGGAAGAUUUGAAGUAUCUCGUAUACUUGCAUGGGACCAGGUGAACAACACCAUCUAUUUUAUUGGUAUUCCUCAACUGCAUCCUGGACAGCGACAUCUUUAUCGUGUCAGCUCUCUAUUACCUCAUGUCGGAUCUCCUUUACACGCACCAGUUUGCCUGACCUGUACAAGCUCUUCGAAGAUUGAGAGUCACUACGUCCUCGCCGAUGGUCAGAACAAGGUGCACGCAUCCGGAAGUCGUUAUAACAGUUGGACAGACAGAAGCGAUUGGAGCGAUCAGUAUGAAGCUCAGGUGGAGACUGUGGAACAAAGAAACGUGAAGAUUGGACCUAGUAGAAAAGAGAAUACAAAGAUGAAACCUACAUCAAAUUUGAUGGAACCUUGCCAGUAUCACAGUGCUGUAUUCUCGCCUGGUUUGGAAUACUUUGUAUUGGAAUGCUUGGGUCCAGGUAUACCUACUGUGUCGUUGUACAAAACGGAAAUGCCUGAACCACGUUUCAUUGCUUUGCUUCAGAACAACACGUUACUUCGUGAAAGGAUAUCGAAGCUGGCACUUCCGCAGAUUAAAACAUUUCCAGUUCAGAUAAGUGGUGGUUAUAAUGCACAGGUCAGAUUGUAUCUUCCACCUGGGUUACGAGAGGACGAAAUCACACGUUAUCCCAUGGUAGUUCAAGUGUAUGGAGCGCCUGGUUCUCAAUUGGUUACCGAGAUGUUUAAAAUCGACUGGAAUACUUAUCUUGCCAGUAGAAAAGGCGUGAUAGUUGCUCAGAUUGAUGGUAGAGGAAGCGGAGGCCAGGGUUAUAAACUACUUCAUGAAGUUUACUACAGACUUGGUUCUGUCGAAGUGGCUGAUCAGCUGGAAGUUACAGAAUAUUUGCGGGAUUCUCUUCAUUUCGUGGACAAGAGACGCGUGGCUGUAUGGGGAUGGAGCUAUGGUGGAUUCGUAGCAGCUCUUGUACUAGCACAUCCUAAACAGGAUGUCUUUCAAUGUGGAAUAAGCGUGGCGCCGGUGGUGUCUUGGAAGUUAUAUGAUUCUGCUUACGCGGAGAGAUACAUGGGGUCGCCAAACGUGACAUCAAAUUACAAAGGAUACGCCGAGUCUGACGUAUAUAUCAAAGUGGAAAAUUUACGCAAUAAAAUGUUUUAUUUGGUUCAUGGAACGGCGGAUGACGACGCUCAAUUCCAGCAGUCUAUGGCGCUCGCACGACAUCUCGCCAAAAAAGGAAUUCUUUUCAGACAACAGGUGUAUCCGGACGUAAGUCACAGCUUGGCAAGUGUAAAGGGACAUCUGUAUCUGUCGAUGGCGCAGUUCCUGGACGACUGUUUUCAGAAGCAAGUACCUGUCGACACAAAGGCUGGUCUUGGUAGCGGUGGCCAUUGGAUGUAAGGAGUGUCACGUGAUAUUUCAAUAUGAAAGAAAUUUAAAAGUAAAAAACCAAUAUAAAAUAUUAGUCUGGUGAAAAAAAAGUGUACAUGGCAAAAUGCAAUCUGAAAUAUCUCCAAAUUGUGUUCUGUUUAAUAGAAUAUUUACAAAAAAAAAAAAAUAUCAGCUCUUAUUGUAUUUUCCCAGACGAUAUCUUUAAUCGUAUAAAUUAAAGGACAAAGAGGACAAUUGAGCACAGUGAAA